UCCAAGGUUGAUCUUCUGAUGUAAAUGGGAUAUUUGGCGCGCACCCAAGAUUAUUUUGUUGAACCUUUGAUGCUGCAGCCACGGAUGGGCGAGCCACACAUUCCACGAGCUAUUCUCACGAAAGUCGCGGUAGACUGCGCUCGACAUCUCUCAUUAAAUGCAUGUAAAAAUGGCGACAACCAGCCAUCUUCAAGCGAUGACUCCUGAACAAAAAGCAAUCACCAAUGCCAAAUCGCUUUUCGAGCAGCUAAACAAUGGAGACCAGUUGUUCCAAAGCUGUGUUAGCCAGACAACAAGCAUCUCUCAGCUCAUAAAAUACGUUGAUGAAGAGCAGCACAAACACAAGAACAAGGCUUCAUCAAGGCUGCUAGAGCAAUUCCAGCGAAAUACAGAAGGGCUUCAGUCGCUCUCUUCUAUAAUAGAACUUGCAGUACAGGUCAAAGCAGAUUGUUUUUGUCCACUAUGGGCUCCAGUGAAGCUUAUUCUCCAGAUAUCUAAAUCCCACUCACAUGUUGUGCAUCACAUCAUAGCCAUGGUGGAAGUUUUGACAGAGAAUAUGUCGCGCAUGGAGCUUUACCAGAACUUGCAGAGAGAUCCAAACAUGCAAACAGAAUUGCUUCAAAUCUUUAAUGAUGUGGCAGGUUUUUGUGUCGAAUCUCUUGCAUUCUUCCAACGCCGCACUUCGGUUCGAGUAUGGAAACUGAUGACUAGCCCUCCAAAAGAAAGCUUUCAGAGGUCUAUUGACCAGCUGAAGUCUCAUAUUCAAGGCGUGCACAAUACUGCUGUUGCUAUUGAACUUGCUAAACAAGACGAGUAUCGCCGGGAACAAGAGCGACUAAGGAUAAUCAGCUCCCUCGGAGCGGCAAACAUGAGGGAAGCGCAUCAGAGAAAGCUCCAAGCCAAAGUGCCAAAUACCUGUGAAUGGAUACUUUCACAUCCCAUCUUUGUUCAGUGGGAUACGUCUGAAAGCAAAGAUGCGGCUGACCGCUUCCUAUUCAUUUCAGGAAAAAGCGGAUGUGGUAAAAGCAUUCUUGCGUCCUCUAUUACUGAAGCGUUGAAGCGACAAGGAAAGCAAACGAUGUACUUUUACUUCUCUGGCCUUGAAAGAAGUCAACAGGAUGCUGAUAAUCUGGUGCGAUGGUAUUUACUCGAUGCCCUGCGGCUGACAUCGGAUGAAACAGUGCAAAGUAAUAUAAAAUCUCUCUUUUCGAAGGGCGAUCCCACGUCACUUGAUCUUUGGGGAGCAUUUGGCACCAUCAUGGCCGAAUCUGAAACAUCGAUGUACCUCGUGAUUGACGGAAUUGAUGAAUGCCGGGAUUCGAUUGGGGACCUAUUCGCGCGCCUUCAUGAUAUCAUAAGCCGUUCUAUUUACCUUAAGAUUGUUUUACUCGGCAGAUCCCAUGUGUUUGAAGAAAAGACUUCAACUCAUUGGAUUCGCGUCACCAAUGAGCUCCUCCAUGCAGAUCUCAAAGCCUUCAUCACAACCGAAACACAAAAGAAUGAGCUUUUAAAACAACCAAACAUUCAGAAAAUGAUCAUAGAUGGACUUCUAGAGAAGGCUGACGGCAUGUUUCUUUGGGCACAGUUAUCAAUUAAUGAGCUGUGUAGGGCAUACAGUCUGGAUGACAUCAAGCGGAUACUACAGCGAUUACCAUCCGGGAUUGAAAAUACAUAUGACCGGAUUUUACACGAGAUUAUUAUAUCAAAUGGGGAAACGGGACUAGAGCCCACCAAAAAUAUCUUAGGACUUCUUGUUGCCUCUGGGAGGACUUUAGAGCUGAAAGAGCUUCAGCACGCGUAUGCCAUUGCAUCUCGAAUGCGCCGACCUGAGUAUGAAAGAGAUGAUCUAGACGCAUACAAAGGUCCCAAUCCUGAGAAAAUGUUUUUACGAGCCUGUCGAGGAUUGAUUGACAUUGACAAUGGCAAGAUCAGGCUUGUCCAUUUGACAGCAAAGGAGUAUUUGACAAGAGCCGCGACACUGUGGAAUUCACAAAUUUCAAUAUUACGAAUCGAGUUGUCAGAGUCCCACGAGUUAUUUGGCAAUAUAUGUGUCGAGAGCAUCAAUAACAACGGAUUUGAGUGGUUUCACAAACGAGAAGGCCUAUUUAUGUCGAAGGAUCUCGACUACCCACCGCUUUUCUCCUACGCAUUCAGGUUCAUUACAUAUCAUUUCAACAGGAUGAAGGAUCCCAGCCCAGAGACCAUAUCUCGAAUCAAGCAAUUUGCUACUUCGCACCUUGUUUCCUGGUUCGAAAUGCUCAUCGUCGCCUGCUUCAUGGAUGGGUCCAUGGCCGUGACGAUGCAAGAAUUUUGGGAAGCUGUUGACUGGCUUACUGAUGACCCAUUCAAUGUCAUAAUCUCGUUGGGCACUAUGAAAGAACAGUUUCGGAUGAUAUACCAAGCACAUGCUGGGAAUUACUGGCAGUUUCAACGAGUGCGCCUUUUGGGCGAAUUCUUCAGUUUUGUCGAAGAAGACGAUUCGAACGCUUCUCGCUCGGCGGCCAACCAUAAACAAAAAGGCAAAAUUGUGAACAGAAAAGUUCAGCAGUUAACACAAGACAAUCUGUCUCAAGUUAUUCAGUUGUUAGCAGAUCAUCACACACUACCAUUGUCGAAACAAUCCGACUUGAUGUCCCAGCUUGGGCAAAUAUUUCGCAGACAUGGAUACAUAAAAGAGUUAUUGAGUCCAUUUGACAUGCUGUUUCGUCUAUUCAAGAGCAAGAUGAAUAGUUUUCCAACCAUUGUCCUUAUCGGAUUUGGCGGACUGUGCAGGCCGCUCAAACGGCCUGAGAAUGCCCUUGAGAUAUUCAACAUGGUCCUGACUAGGCUGGGUGAUGACGAUGAAAAAAUGAAGUACCAAGUCUGGGAACUCAUCGGCUAUACCAAUGGCGAUAUUCAUGACUACGAGGCAGCUUUUCAUGCGCACCAAAUCGCUUGGAUUGGACGCCACAGUUUACUUGGACCCAAGCACAGGAAGACAGCGAAUAGUGUGCAUUGGAUGGGAUAUGCGUGUUAUAAGCAGAAAAAAUAUGCUGAAGCAGAGCAGUAUCUACGUCAAACUCUAUCGCUACGUAAAGAGCUUCAUGGGCUGAAACAUGAGGAUACAGCAACUACCAUUUAUUGGCUAGGGUCUUCGCGCUAUCAACAAGGCGAUUAUACUGAAGCAGAGGAACACUUCCGCCAAGCCGCAUCAGUACGCAGAAAAUUGGCUGGGAAUAAAGAUAAAGAGACGGCGAUGAGCGUGCAUUGGAUCGGACUUUCUCUCUAUAGGCAGCAGAAGUUUUCUGAAGCUGAGGGCCACUUUCGUCAGGCCGCUUCUAUGAGAGCAGCCACUCUUGGAAAGAAAGACAAAUCAACAGCGAGAAGCUUGUUUUGGCUGGGAUACUCACUUUUAAGCCAAGCCAAGUAUGCAGAAGCUGAAAGCCACUUCCGCAGGGCUGCAGCUAUAAACGCGGCAGUUCUUGGUGAUGAUCGAGAAACCGCGGUCAGCCUAACCGCCCUUGGAGAGGCACUCUAUCUUCAAAAAAGGUAUACCAAGGCUGAAGAACAAUUCCGCCGCAGUCAAUUGAUAAUAGAGCAAAAGAACCUCGGGGGGAAUGAUACAUAUAUUCUGACAAAUCCAUUGCUAUUGAGGUUAUCACUCUGCUCACAGCGCAAAUUCAAAGACGCAGAGGACAUUCUUCAAUCAGGAUUCAAGGUUCCCCCAGAACAAAGCUUUGGUAUAUCAUUUGAAGCUACGUUAUGGCUGGCUCGAGUCUUGUUCUACCAAGGGAAGCAUGCCGAAGCUGAAAAGAUUCUUGUCGCUUUAUUCCCUAAAAGCUCUGGGAAUUGUUGUGGCUCAGACAGGGACUACACACAUACUGCAAAAUAUAGCGAAGCGGAAUCAGUAAUGCGCCAGGUAAUACUUGAUGAAUGCAAUAAGUCGAGAUCAAGACGGUCCAGCGUGGAUGAUGGAUUCGAAGUUCUGAGAAUGGUUGAUGAAUAUGAGGACGAUAUUAGUGAUAGAGUAGAUUCUGAACUCUCAGAAGAAGAUGAAGAAAAUGAUAUAACAGAAGAAGACAUUGCAGAACUGGAUGCUGAAAAUGAAGCAGGAGUCAACGAAGCGGAGGGUUUCGGGUUUGGCGAAGCAUGGGAGUAUUGUCAUGUGUCCGGGAUAUUCGCGGAAUAUUUGGCCACUGGCCAACAUCUUGAACGUGAAGGAAAACAAGUCGAAGCAGAAUCGGUAUUUUCUCUUUUGGCAUUGCUGGAAUGGAACAUUAUUUGAGAAUGGAUUUAAAGACAUUUCUCUUGCAGAUUAGUUAAUACCCCAUCAGUUCCAUACUGC